UAGGUGCCAGUGGGAACCGGCUGCUUGCGUCAGGUAAGUGGCCUAUCGCUCUGGCGCUCUCGCGUCGUAUCGUUAGUCGGCCUGCUGAAUACCACUCUUUGGCCCUACGGGAUAAGCCAGGAGCAGUCGAACUGUGACGCGAAUAAUAAUCAUGUCUCCUCGACUAAUGAGCAUCAAUCAACAACGCCAGAAAAAGAAACCAUUAUUUGACUGUACCGUAUGCCAUAAGAAGUUUACUCAAGCUGGUAACCUGCAAAUACAUUUGCGAGCGCACACUGGAAAAAACCUUUUCGAGUGCGAUGUGUGCUUUAAAAUAUUUACCCUGCCCGGCAACCUAGAAACGCAUUUACGAAUCCACACUAAAGAAAAGCCCUUUGAGUGCCAUGUGUGCUUUAAGAAUUUUUCUCAAGCAGGCAACUUGCAGGCUCACUUGAGAAUUCACAAAGGAGAAAGGCCAUUCAAUUGCAACGUGUGCGACAAAUCGUUUACGCAAGCGGGCAACCUAAAGACACACUUACGAACUCACACCGGAGAAAAGGACUUCGAGUGCACAUUGUGCUUUAAAAGGUUUACUCAGGUAGGCAACUUACAAACCCAUCUGAGAACUCACUCUGGUGAGAAGAUUUACGAUUGCACUCUGUGCAACCAGACUUUUACGCAAUCAGCUCACCUACAAAGCCACAUACGAACUCACACUGGAGAGAAGCCAUUCGAGUGUACUGAGUGCCACAGAAAAUUUUCUCAAGCCAUCAGCCUGAAGAUACACCUUCGAACCCACACUGGAGAAAAGCCAUACGAGUGUACUGAGUGCCACAGGAAAUUCUCUCUAGCCAGCAGCCUGAAGAUGCACCUUCGAACCCACAUCGUACAAAAGCCAUUCGAGUGCCAUGUGUGCUUUAAGAAAUUUUCUCAGGCUGGCAACUUGCAGGUUCACUUGAGAAUUCACAAAGGAAAAAGGCCAUUCGAUUGCAACGUUUGCGACAAAUCGUUUACGCAAGCGGGCCACCUAAAGACACACUUACGAACUCACACCGGGGAAAAGAACUUCGAGUGUACGUUGUGCUUAAAAAGGUUUACUCAGGUAGGCAACUUACAAACCCACCUGAGAACUCACUAUGGUGAGAAGAUUUACGAUUGCACUCUGUGCAACCAGACUUUUACGCAAGCAGCUCACCUACAAAGCCAUAUACGAACUCACACUGGAGAAAAGCCAUUCGAGUGUACUGAGUGCCACAGAAAAUUUUCUCAAGCCAUCAGCCUGAAGAUGCACCUUCGAACCCACACUGGAGAAAAGCCAUACGAGUGUACUGAGUGCCACAGGAAAUUCUCUCAAAGGAGCAGCCUGAAGAUGCACCUACGAACCCACACUGACUGAGAAGCCGUUCAAGUAAAUUGCCACAAGAUAUUCUCGCGAGCCGCGGCAGCCUGGAGACGCACUUAAGUGUCAAGUGUCAAGAAGUUUAGUCCGGCAAUCUACGGAAAUACCUUUCAACCCAUACUGAGAAAUAUACCUGGAACCCCUCCCAUGGUGACAUGUGAGCAUCUUUGUCAAACCAGCACCUAAUGAUAAAUAAAAUAUCGGCGAAUUUGCACAAACAUAACAAUUUUCAUCGUGCGGUUUGCAACGUCCACCACCAAUAUCAGCGGAAACGAUUAGCGUGAUAGCACUGAUUAACCUACCUCGGAAGGAGAGCUACUUUUGAUAAACUGAAUAUUAAUUUGUGAUUAUCCGUAUUAAACGGAACUGAAUGCUACGCGGAGUAUAAUUUGAAUGCACUAUGCGAACACAUGUUGUGAUCUGAUGAACUUUAAGUCAUGGAUUUAUUUUAAUAAAUAACGAUUGAUCAAUA